AUGGCACACAAGAACCGGUCUACCUAUCCAACUACGUCCACGCAACUCUACUGGGCCGGGGAGCACCUGACCCGAACAGCCUCUGAGCUCGCGAGGCCCUCAGCACUGCCCGGCGAGAAGACAGCAAGCGGGGCUCGCGCCGCGGCCUCGACCUGCUCUGAGAAGAACCUCUCGGUCCUCUGGAGACCACGGGCAGGUGAGGUGGCCCGAGCCGAGCAGCUCGGCGAGCGAGACAGGUCGCGGCGUGCGGCAGCGCAGAGCCGGGACUACCCAGGACGGUCUGCGCAGGCCAGGGCUCCUCGGCUCGGGGGGCGGCGAGCCCGCUCCGGGGGCCCCAAGACGCCCGCCUCCGCCCGGCGCGCGGCAGAGCCGGUGGCCGCCCGGGCUCUGUCGCACUCCGGCCUCCGUGGGAGUUCCCCCCCCGCCACCGGGGCCCAAGUGUCAGCCGCCGCGCGCUCCCCACCUACCUCAGCGCUACCUCAGCGCGCCGCCCUACCUCACGCUCAGCGCGCUCCCCACCUCAGCGCACCCCACCUACCUCAGCGCCCGCCCCAGCGCGCCCCACCUACCUCAGCGCGCCCCCUACCUACCUCAGCGAGCCCCUACCUACUCAGCGCGCCCACCAGCGCACCCCCACCUACCUCAGCGGCGCCCCCACCUACUCAGCGCGCCCCACCUACCUCAGCGCGCCCCACUACCUCAGCGCCCGCCCCCACCUCAGCGCGCCCCCCCCUACCUCAGCGAGCCCCCGCACGCGCGCCCCAGACCCAACCCAGCGCGCCCCCACCCUACCUCAGCGCCCGCCCCCCCAGCGCGCCCACCUACCUCAGCGCGCCCCCCACCUUCAGCGCGCCCCACCUCAGCGCGCCCCAGCCCCCCAGCGCGCCCCCACUCAGCGCACCCCCCACCUACAGCGCACCCCCAGCCUCAGCGCACCCCCAACCUCAGCGCACCCCCCACCUACCUCAGCGCGCCCCCACCUACCUCAGCGCCCGCGCGCCCCCACCUACCUCAGCGCCCGCCCACCUCAGCGCGCCCCCCACCUACUCAGCGCCCACCUACCUCAGCGCGCCCCACCCUCAGCGCGCCCCCCCACCUACCUCAGCGCGCCCCCCACCUACCCAGCGCGCCCCACCUCAGCGCGCCCCCACCCACCUCAGCGCCGCCCCACCUACCUCAGCGGCCCCCACCUCCAGCGCGCCCCCACCUACCUCAGCGCGCCCCCCACCUCAGCGCUCCUCAGCCGCGCGCCCACCUACCUCAGCGCCCGCCGCCCCACCUCAGCCGCCCCCACCUACCUACCUCAGCGAGCCCCACCUACCUCAGCGCGCCGCGCCCCGCCUCACCUACCUCAGCGCGCCCCCACCUACCUCGCGCCACCCACCUCAGCGCGCCCCCACCUACCUCAGGCGCCCCCACCUCAGCGCACCCCACCUACCCUCAGCGCGCCCCCCAACCUCACCCCAGCGCACCCCCACCCACCCUCAGCGCGCCCCCCACCCUACCUCAGCCCACCCCAGCGCGCUCCCACCUCAGCGCGCCCCGACCUACCUCAGCGCGCCCCCCACCUACCUCAGCGCACCCCCCACCUACCUCAGCGCCGCCCCACUCAGCGCACCCCCCACCUACCUCAGCGCAGCCCCCACCUACCUCAGCGCACCCCCCCCUACCUCAGCGCGCCCCACCUCACGCACCCCACCUACCUCAGCGCGCUCCUCCAGCGCGCUCCGUACCUACUCAGCGCACCCCCACCUCCUCAGCGCUCAGCGCACCCCUCACCUACCUCAGCGCGCUCCUCACCUCAGCGCACCCUCACCUACCUCAGCCGCUCCUCGCAGCGUACCUACCUCAGCGCGCUCCCCUCCCCAGCCCGCUCCCUACCUCAGCCCACUCGGGCGCGCUGCCCGGGAGGUUAACUCCGACCCUGCCUCACCGCAGCUUUCCGUCUCCACCCACAGCACCCGGAGAACUCACGUGACCCCCUUCCCGAAAACAGCGGCUCCCCGCCUCCGCGCGGGCCGGCCGGCCAGAUUCCCUGCCAGGAGGAGGGAGGGCUGGGCCGCCGCCGCUCCCGGAAGUGACGUCACGUCGAGGGCGCCGCCUCAGGGC